AUGCCGACAGCCACGUCAAGUGGUGCCGCCGCAGCGGGCAGCAGUAACGGUGCUGGUGCUGGCGGCGCGGCUUCUGGGGCGACUGUUACGUCCACGCCGUCCACCCCGGUGAAGGUGCCGUCGGCGGCUGCGAGUUAUACGCCGGCUACCCUCGACCCGGACCUGCGCUCCCAGAUCAACAUGGUCCUCAUCCGUGACGGCCAUGUCGGCCGCAUCCAAGACUACCUCUUGCACAUCCUCAACGCCGACACCUCCAACUGGCCGGCCACUGUGCAGGCGCAUGCCCUGCAACUGCUCCGGUCGGGCGAGUUCUCCAAUUUUCCGGCGCUGAUGAACCGCAUCAUGGACGACAUCCGGCACGACACCAGUACGGCCGCCCAUGGUGCGGCCAACGGCGCCGCCAGCACGAACGGCAACGGCAACGGCGCAAACACCAAAGUAAAACCGGGCCAGCCGGGGUCGCUGGCGCUGCCGCAGAGCGUGAUUGACGAGGCGUUGCGGGCGACGCGGGAGAGCUUGGACAUGGCCACCGAAGCCAUCGGCACCGAUAACGGGACGGGCCCGGAGGACGGGUGCAUCGGCGCGAGGGCAACCGUGCCGUCCCCCGACACCGGUGACGAUGCGGCGUUGUCGUCUGGCACCGGGGACGGUGAGGUCGACGGCGACUACGAAGACGAGGAAGACGACGAAGACGACGAAGACGAGGAAGACGACGGCGACUACGAAGGCGAGGAAGACGAGGAAGACGAGGAAGACGAGGAAGACGAGGAAGAUGAGGAAGACGAGGAAGACGAGGAAGACGAGGAAGACGAGGAAGACGAGGAAGACGAGGAAGACGAGGAAGACGAGGAAGACGAGGAAGACGAGGAAGACGAGGAAGACGAGGAAGACGAGGAAGACGAGGAAGACGAGGACGGCGAGUAUGGCGUAUGGAAUGGGUCGUGCUUUUAA